CCGCGACGCAGCUGUAGAAACAUCACCAUGUCCGACUCUGAAGCCUCCGUUCGCAGCCAAACCAACGGCCGUGCCUCGUCUGCUAUUGCGAAGCCUCCGGGAGCUCAGAUUCGCCGGCGGGCAACGGGUCAGCAGAAACCGAACUCGACGCGGGCGGCGGGCGCGGGCGGCUCGUCAGGGACGAUGCUCAAGCUCUACACGGACGACUCGCCUGGUCUCCGAGUUGACCCCUUUGUCGUCCUCAUCCUUUCGCUCUCCUUCAUCGCAUCCAUCUUCUUCCUGCACAUCUCUGCUAAAAUCAUUCGGUCGUUCGCCAAGUAAUUCUCGGGGGGUCUACACUAUAACGUUAAUGGACAUCUUGUUUGGCUCUCGCGCUCGCUCUUAUCCAUUUGCCUGUAUGCGUCCCCUUCCGACACCUUGCGACGUUUGUCUGCUGCAUGUCCCUCGCGCGGUGGUGUCACGGUGUACCUAAUCCGCUAAAUGCUCGCGUGGGUGCCUCCGCUGCGUGUAGAAAGCGGUCGUCGCCUCGGCAGAGUUCUUUUUAUGAUAUAAUAC